AUGCACCAGACGCCAAAGCAAGUCUGGGCCCACAGAAAUCAGCUUACGGAGUAUCAAGUAUGGGUAGCGUAUCGAGUUGCGGUACGGCAGCUCAGCUUGUACCACGAAGGCAAGAAACAUGACAGCAGUUGCAGAAAACCAGCAGCAUGUCAAGGGCGAAAGGAAACGAUGGAGCACAUAUUCUGGGAGUGCUCCUGCGCCCAGGCUUGUUGGGUGAAGCUCAUCCAGCAGUGGACUGGGGAAGCAUGGGAGCCCCAAAACAUCGAGAGCUUCCAAUUGAGCUGCGCGAACAGGAAAGCGCCUCCCGUAACGCCCUCAUUAGUGGAGAAGAUGCAGAAAACAUACCCGGACGACAUCAAGCACAUCAUACUGGAAUGGAAACGCAUCUGGCAUAUCCUGUGCACAAUUUGCCUUACCAGCCUGUGGACACAGCGCAACAGGGUCGUCUUUCAACAAGCCCAGGUGACAGAGGACUCCAGUGCGACAGAAUUUUGGGGGACGGCAAUGCGUCAGUUGAGAGCGCUGGGGAAACGUGAAUGUCGACAGCCGGAGACUCAAUUGCGAGGAACUCAUUUACUUCUAUGCCUGCGGGUACUAGAACAAAAACCACGAGAGCACCCGAGACAGCGGGUGAGCCCCGAACAACCACUGGACUUGCAAGAGGAACCGGCGUUGCUAACCAGGCUUAGGAAGUACCAGACAGCUAGUCGUCGUUAA